AUGUCAAAAACAAUUAUGCUUUGCUUCAUGCUCUUAAGUGCUUUUCAGGCUCUUUCAACUAAGAAUAGAUGUGAUUGUACAUUAUUUGGCGGUUAGACUGAAUGCGAAAAUGUCCCUUAUUGUUCUUGGAGUAAUAAUGCUUGUGGGCUAAAGAAUUGCUCAAACAUCAUUCUUGAAAGAUGUGAAACAUUCUUUAGAUGUUCUAUCAAUCCAGAAGGAAAUUGUGAAACUACUGGAGAUUGCUCAAAAUACACAGCUACAACUUAAAUAGAUUGUAUGUUUAAGAGAGGAAAUUGUGCAGCCGAAGCCACCUAAACUAAUGGUGUUUAUAAGUGUAAAUCAUACACUGCAGUAACUUGCGCAUCAUAAACCGCAGAAAAUUGCAAAAAUAGUUUUGAAAAUGAGAAUUCAUUUUGCUGGCUCAAUUCACAAGGAAAAUGUUAGAGUUAUGACCCAAACACUUGUGCUGGAAUUCCUUUAGAAAUUUGUUCCAAUCUUGGAUGUGAUGCUUCGGGUUCUGAAUGCAAGGCUUAUACUUGUGCAUCCAAUCUAACUGUGAAUACUUGUAUUCUUGCAAAUGAUGGAUAUUUUGGAGCCAAAACACUUUGCAAGUGGAAUACCACAACCUAAAAGUGCGAAGAGAGAGCAGAUAUAACAGAGUUAACAUAAAAUUAAUGUUCAUUAUUAACAGAUGGUGGAUAUUAUUGGUUGGAUAAUAAAUGUACAGUGUGCCCAACUGAAGACGAUACAGAUGAUACAAGCAAUGCCAUCUUGUUAUCAUCAUUGCUAAUUAUCCAUCUAUUAGUGUAAUGAGAUAUGUAUUUUUAUGAUUUGCCA